CCAAGUGUUCUAGGUCGCCAGUAGUCUUGCUGACCAUGUACGAUAAUGCUUGGAUGAAUGACGAAGGCAACAUAUUUCCGGCCUUCGACGUCUGGUGGGACAAUCCGGUCUUCUUUCGGGGGAACUCCAUGUCAUCUUGUCUUCUGUCCAGAUUGAUUUCGUUGUAGGGAGUAUGGGGGGUUGAGUUUUGGCGGUGGCCGCCCUAUAAUGUUCGCAUGCAGGGAGUGUGUGGGUGGGCGAUCUAAAUGGCAAAAUGGCUGAUUGUCGCGCAAUGACAGAAGUCUUACGCCAUAAGCAUGAUCUGGAAAACAGUUCCGAACGCUCUUUUGCGAUUAGGGGGAAGGUAAUCUACGGAGCAAAAUCAUUCGGAGGAGGAUCUCCCAGUGACUGCCGACUCGAUCCACACUCCACUCCCAAUGACGUUACCAAUCGUUCGUUCGUUUCUCUUCCUCAUUCGCUCUCCUUUCCGGCUUCAAAUCUCCAACCAACCAACCACUACGGUGCCACUACCAACUUCCCCCAUACUACGCCACCACGUUGUUUGUUCCGAAAUCAUUCUGACCCAGGAAAAGAAAAACAAGAUAGCAUGAGUGCACGGCUCCAUGGGUUCCAUCGUAGGCAUUCCUGCAACCUGACUGGGUGGGAAAAGGAAGUGAGAAAAGGUACUCCAGCUCCUCAAAUUCUCCCUCCGAGGAGUUCCCUCAAAGAAACUUCCAAAUCAUGGAAGGCUUGAUGGCUACUAUACUGGGACCCGCCCCUCCCCAGCAUUGUCCUCCGUGCACAUUUGGCCCCUCUAUUCACCCUCCUUUCCAAACCAAUCAUCGAUAAAAGAAAUGUGAGAAAUGAGUAUCCCGGCGCCGAAGAAGCCAAUGGCGGCCGAAGUCACUUGGAGACCGGUCCCUCUCCCCCCUACCUGCCUGUCUCCAGUCUACUG